GCUACUUCCUGCUUCACUGUGUGGUUUGUUAUUGAAGCGUAGCUCCUUUAAAUGUGAGAGGAAAUAUUGACGUCCAGAGUUGAUGAAGUUGGGAAAAUUAUGGAUUUAAUUUCUUCGUGAACCGGCUACGAAUAAAGACACAGAAGAUGUCAGGGGCCCAUGAGCAAACCAGGAAGCGUCGCCCCCCCAAACUAGUCUUGAUCUCGACCGACCUUAAUAUCCAGGACCAGCUGGAAGGUACCAUUCGGCUGCAGAGGGGGUUCAUUUGCCAGGAGCAAGAAUCGAGCAAGAGCAGAGGCGACUCCCCUUGGGUCAAGGUGUUAGACAAUGGCAUCAUGUUAAAAAUAGAGAGGAAGUUCCUGAUUGAUGUCCCGACUGACCUCAGCGGCCUGUUGGAGGCUGUGUCCGAUCCUGAGGCUCGCCUAAAACUUCUAAGUGAUCCUAGAAGGCUGCAGCAUUUGGCUACUUUGCCUGUCGAUUCUCCGCUGUGGGUCCAAAUAGGCUAUCCGGACGAGCUGGCGGAGGCAGAUCUUAAAUGGGUCGGGCAGCUCAACAGAGGGAGCAGCGCUGUGUUUUUUGGGGUACAGCUCAAGGGCUCCGGAGUCGGUAAAGGAGUGAGCAACGGCUCCUUUAAGGGCCACCGGCUCUUCACCUGCCCUGAAGCCUGUGCCCUCUUCCUCCCGGUCAGCCACAUCAGGCACCGCCACUGGCGCAACAAUGUCGCCGACGCACAAGAGCGAGCCCGUGAGAGAGACCACCCACGCAGCAACGGGCAACAUGGCAGUGACCGCCCAAACCCGCAGCAGCAGCAGCAGCACAGUCGUCACAUUAGUUUCCAGCAGCAUCGUCCCAGCAGCCCUCCUCAGCCGCACGCUUUGGGCAUCCUCUCCCGAACGGCCGAGUCGGCGCCUCUCGCGGCUCAAAACCAAGUCCAGGUCCGAGGCCCUGCGUCGCCUCCACCGCUCCAUGUGGGCCAGCGGGUGUGUUUCCCCCUGGAGGACAACGUCUAUGCGGGAGAGGUGCGCUUCUGUGGUCUCCUGCCCGGCCGGUCCUCGUCAGGGACGUACGUCGGAGUCCUGCUGGACGCUCCUGUUGGUAACUGGGACGGACUUUAUAAGGCAGAGAAGCUCUGCCACAUUCCCUCUCCGCUCUAUGGACUACUUCUGCCAAUCAACAAGGUUUCCUCAGAGCCGAAAUCCCACCGUCACAACCCUCCUUUCCAAAUGACCAAAUCCAUCCUGAAGCCAGCGCCGCCCCCCGUCACUAAACCAGGCCCUGUGUCACCGUCCACCUCUGCUCCCAAAGUCGCCCUGAUGCCCCCCGGCAAACAAGCAGUUAAACCUCCUCCGCUGCCGCCACCGAAACCCGUCCACAAGCUCCUGCCUCCUCUACCACAUCCCAAACCCCGCAGCCCCACGUCGCCGACCGCCACCGACCAGCUGCAGCACACCAACGGCGUGCACGGCCCUCCUUCUCCGCUGAGGUCUCCGGACAACAGUGAAGCUGCAGAGGAGGACGGGGAGGCAGGACCGGACCCGGAUCUGGAAGUGGGGUCGAUGGUUGAAGUGAACGAUCCGCCGCUUUUUGGGGUUAUUCGCUGGAUUGGACAGAUCGGGGGGGUUUUAGAGCCGGUGGCAGGAAUUGAACUGGACCAGGAGCUGUCUGCAGGGACGGAUGGCAGUUACCUCGGUGAGCGUCACUUCCGUUGCCCGCCCAACAAGGGGCUGUUUGUCAAGCUUCGCAACUGCAGACGGGACUCCAGGUUUCCCGCUCCUGAGACACCUGUCAAUCAAGUGGAGCGAUGCAACUCUAUAGCCUUCGCAGAGUGGGGCAGUGAGCGUGUGGAGGAGCACACUCCCCCUGUGGACGGGGACCAGGCCGCUUAUUUCUACCAGGGCUGGAAGAGAGGCAUCCAGGGUCACCUCAACUCCUGCUACCUGGACGCUACGCUGUUCAGUCUGUUCUCCUGCUGCAGUUCAGCAGACUGGGUGUUGUUUUGGCCCUCUGACCCUGAAACGGACCAAGACUCCCGUCAGGCUCAGGACCUGCUGCGCUGUGAGAUAGUCAACCCCCUGCGAAGGUAUGGCUACGUGUGUGCCAGUAAGACCAUGGCCCUGAGACGACUGCUGGAGGCUGCGAACAACAACAUGGGCUUCACCAACCAGGAGAAAGAUCCUGAAGAGUUCCUAAACAAGCUUUUCCAGCUCCUCCGAGUCGAGCCGCUCCUCAAGAUCAGAUCGAUGAGUCAGCAGCCUCAGGAGUGUCACCUGUACCAGCUCUUCCCUCCUACACUUCCUCCCUCUCCCUCCUCACCCUUACCCCUCUCCCCAAUUAACUCCCCCAUCCCUCUCGCCUCGCCGUCGCCCAGUCCGAUGAGGGUCGCCAGCGUCCAGACGCUGCUGGAGUCCUCCUUCCUCCUCGCCGGCCUCAAGUUUGUCGAGGCUCCCUCCUGCCUCUUACUGCUCAUGCCUCGGUUUGGAAAGGACUUCAAAAUGUUCGACGCCAUCUUGCCCACCCUCAGCCUGGACAUCACAGACCUGCUGGACGACACUCUGAGACAGUGCAGUAUCUGUCAGGCUGUAGCUGAGUGGGAGUGUUUCCAGUGUUACGAAGACCGCGACAUCACUCCCGGUCAUCUCAAGCAGUACUGUCACACCUGUAACACACAGGUCCACAGUCACAGGAAGCGGGCGUCCCACAACCCGGUGAGCAUUGCUGUCCCCGGGGGGCCGUGGAGCGGCCCUCUGCACAGCACCCGUCAGCGAAUGUCUCUCUUUGCCGUGACGUGCAUCGAGACCAGCCAUUACGUGAGCUUCGUCAAGCACGGGCCCCUCCCCGCCGACUGGCUGUUUUUUGACAGUAUGGCAGACCGAGAAGGUGGCGAGAACGGCUUCAACAUCCCCCAGGUGAAGGCGUGUCCAGAGGUGGGCCGCUACCUCAGCCUGUCAGAGGAGGAGCUGAGCAGAAUUGACCCCUCCUCCUUACGGGAGUCCGUCCGCCGCCUGCUCUGUGACUCCUACAUGUGUCUGUACCACAGCCCAGAGCUCAGCCUGUACAAGUGACACACACACACACACACACACACACACACACACACACACACACUGAUCUGAGCGUGAACAAGACACUGCACAACAUACAAACAUUUAGUCCUCAGGCUGAGUCUCAUCUAAUCCUAAAGAUUAACUUUUAAGUAAUGAUUACUGACUUUAUCCAGUAGAACAUGAGAUGUUUAUUAACACAUGUUUAAGUGCUGUUCACACUUUGCAGUAAAGCAUCUUGGAUGAUUCUCAGUUUGUCCUAAAUCUCCAGAUUUUCUUUAACUGAGCUUAAAUAUAUUGAAGUUACUUUGUAUCAUGUUGUUGUUGGAGAUAUGUCAUUUCUGGCUUCUUUGAUAGAAAACAGUCAUAAGUUGGGAAGCGGGACACAAAUCACAUUUUUAUUGAGCAGCAGACAGAAUGUUUUUUUCUUCCACGUGUUUAAAAGAGUCUUUGAGGAUUCUGGUAAUAUGCAGCAAGUGUUAUUUAACAACUUUCUAUGUUCUUUAAAGUCUAGUAUAUAGUGUUCAGCUGAUUGGAUGCUUAGCUCUGUCUGAUCACACUGGACAUGCAUUUGAGACCUUGUUCUGAACUUCUGGUGUUCUGCAGUUUGACCAUAUCUGGUUGUCCUAUCUGGCCUCAGAACUACAUGUGACUAAAAUGUGAUCCGAUUGGGUCUGAUGAACAAACUGUAGCUUUAAGAGCUUUGCACACGUAUUAACUUGAUGAUGAAGGAGUCUGAUGAGUAGCAGUGUUGGUUUCUACUUGUGCCUUUAAUAAUGCUCACACUGUACAUAACCACUGUGCCUGUAUAACACACUUUACAAUUCAAUUUGCACUGCUUCAUUUACAUGACUUUGUGUGUGUAUGUGUAUAUAACGGCACCUAAACGGAUUGUAAAGAUUGCACACAGAUGUUUAAUGUUUUGUAUUGUUGACAGGUUGUUUAAUAUAAUAUAGUUGCAAACAAUGAAGACACUGUCCUGAAAAAUAAAUGCUUUGAUACUAUU